CACUCACGAGGAACCGGAAGCGGCGCAUUCACGUGAUUGUGUGACUGCAUAUAUAAACCAGCGACCAUAAUCCGUAGUUAGACAGGACACGGCUAGUUUUCGCUCACGUCAAAAUCCACCUCAAGAGAUGUCAGGCCACGGCGAACACGCUCAUCAUAAAUCCGCUGAUGACUGCAAAGAGAAGUGCCAUACAUCGGCUCCGUGCAAAGACGAUUGUCACAAACCCGGAGUUGACCCCCACCAUUGUAAAGACGAAUGCCACGACAAGGAAAAGAAGGCACACUGUGCGGAUGACUGCCACAAACCAGGCAUGAUGAAGGAGCACUGUAAAGACAGAUGUGCUUAACUCCGCAAUCAGCUGGUCCGGUCCGACCUAACUCAUUUGAUUACUUAUUCUUCUGUUUUAAAUAGCUGCCUCGUAAUGAUAAUAUACCUAAUGAGCUAUU